CGAAGGCACCAGUGGAUGCCGAAACUCUCAGAGGUGGAAACAAGAUCGUAACGCCGUUUAGCCUUUUACCUUUGACCUGACUUGUUAGGUUCUCCGCACCAGCCUAACCUGAGAAUAUUAUUUAUAUUAUAAAUUGUGCAGUAAGUGGCUCAGUGUCACACAUGGCUCCUCGGGCGCUCUGGCUCCUGGUCGCGGUAUCCCUUGUCCUGUAUGUGCGCUCCUGCAGGGCUUAUACCUGUCCUCCCAUCUGCAGCUGCAGCACCGACACUUUUCAGUGCAGCAGAGACACUGAGCUGGCCUCCAGGGCAGGAGCGACAUCCGUGCCUCGACUAAGGCUCACUCAUCUGUCCUUGAAAGAAGUCCCCACUCAUGCAUUCAAAGAGCUGAUCAGCGUUACCAUUAUUGAGAUUUCCCAGAGCGACUGCAUCACGAAGAUACAGAGACAUGCCUUUCUCUCCCUCCACAGCCUGGCUGAAAUUUCAGUGCAGAAUAUCAACAGUCUGAGGGUUAUUGAAAAAGAGGCCUUCACUGAUCUGCCCAAGCUGGAAUACUUGAGCAUCUCUAACACAGGGAUAAUACACUUCCCAGACUUCACAACCAUCUUUUCCUUGGCACCAAAUAUUAUCCUAGAAAUAGCAGACAACAUGAAGAUUGACUUCAUUCCUGCCAAUUCUUUCCAGGGUAUGACAGAGGAGUAUGUUGACAUGAACCUGGUUAGAAACAGCUUCAAGGAAAUAAAAUCUCACGCAUUCAAUGGGACCAAGCUCAACACACUAAUUUUGAGAGACAACAGAUAUCUCAGUUACAUCCAAGGAGAUGCUUUUGAAGGAGCCACAGGUCCAAGUUCUCUGGACAUUUCCUCCACAGCUCUGAGUUCCCUCCCCCCCAAAGGGUUGAGGCAGGUGAGGUUUCUGAAAGCCAGCUCUGCCUUUGCCCUGAAGAGCCUCCCUCCGCUGGAGAGCCUGUCUGAACUGCUGGAGGCUGAGCUCACCUACCCCAGCCACUGCUGCGCCUUCCACACAUGGCGUCGGAAACAAAGGGAAACCGCCUUAAAGAACUUCACAAAGUUUUGUGAUCUCAGUGAAACAGAAAUAGAGCCUACUGCAGAUGCCGUGAAUCUGAUUAAUGACAUCAACUUUGAGUAUCCAGACCUGGAAUUUGAUUGUCUUAACAGCCCCUUUGUCAAAUGCACACCAGAGCCGGAUGCUUUUAACCCUUGUGAGGACCUGCUGGGCUUUCCCUUCCUGCGCGGUCUCACCUGGAUAAUCACAGUUUUCGCUGUGACUGGUAACAUAGCCGUCCUGGUUAUCCUGCUAAUUAGCCACCAUAAGCUAACCACCUCCAGAUUUCUCAUGUGUAAUCUGGCCUUCGCAGACCUGUGCAUGGGGCUCUACCUGAUGCUUAUUGCCUUCAGGGACUACUUCUCCCGUCACGAGUACUACAACCACGCCACAGACUGGCAGACUGGGCCCGGAUGUGCCAUAGCAGGGUUUUUGACAGUGUUUGCCAGUGAGCUAUCAGUAUAUACACUGACCGUGAUUAGCCUGGAACGCUGGCACACCAUCACCAAUGCCAUGCAUGUCAACAAGAGGCUGCGGAUGCACCAUGUGGCAGCCAUGAUGGGGGCAGGCUGGGCCUUUUCUCUGCUGGUUGCCCUGCUCCCUCUUGUGGGGGUCAGCAGUUACAGCAAAGUGAGCAUCUGUCUGCCCAUGGACAUCGACACAGUAGCCUCUCAGGUGUACGUGGUGUCUGUGCUCAUUCUCAAUGUUGUUGCUUUCCUGGUGGUCUGUUACUGUUACAUCUGCAUAUAUCUCAGUGUCCACAACCCAGAGCGCUCUACUCAUCACGGAGACACCAAGAUUGCCAAACGUAUGGCUGUGCUCAUUUUCACUGACUUUCUAUGCAUGGCGCCAAUCUCUUUCUUCGCCAUCUCCGCAGCCCUGGGUAUGCCCCUUAUAACUGUGUCUCACUCAAAGAUCCUUCUGAUUCUUUUUUAUCCUAUCAACUCCCUCUGCAACCCUUUCUUGUACACCAUCUUCACACGAGCUUUUAGGAAGGAUGUGUGUCUGUUGCUGAGUCGCUGCGGCUCCUGCCACGCCAGCAACGCCUUCUACAGGUCACAGACACUGGCUUCACACCUCACCUGUGCCCAAAAAACACCCACCAGAAAACCUCACUCCCUUAGCUUCUAUGCCUAUCACAUCAAGAAAAAAGGCUGCUUUCUAAACAAGGGAACCACAUGACCACGAACACAGAGGAUGCUGAACUCAAAGACAGUAUCUGCUGUCUUGUCAAAAAUGUGGUGUUUCUUCAAAAUUUAGGUCAGGGUGAAGAGAUUGUCAGUCUUGUACAUAGUCUGGUUGAUCUAGAUUAGUUUACAAAGUGAGAACUUCAUCAGAACCAAAAGACCUCAAGCUGAAGACAACAGGUGCUACAGCCUCCAUUUCUGCACAGAUAAUAUGGUACAAAGUAGGAGGUGGAUGAAGCGAGAAUGGGAAACAAAAAAACAGGACAGUUUAUUUUCAAUGCCAUCCUGAAGCAUAUCACUGAUAGUCAUUCAUGUUAAGAUCAGGCUAUACACUGUAAAACAGCACUUGUGUAAGCUGUUACAACAAGAGAUGUUUAGUUCUAUUCAGUAAGUAGAAAUGAUUCUGUUCUUAUAAAGGUUGAAUACAAUGAAGUGAAUGUGAUCAAACGGGAGUCGUCUUUUUAGCAGAGAUUAACUUUAGUGCCAUCUACUGAGUUUUACUGAAAUUAGAAGGCUGACAGACACGCCAGAGCAGCCACAGGCGCUUAGUUAAAGCUGUGGCCUGGUUUAUUACUGCUGUUUAAAAUGCCCUCGAUUUUCAGAAGAUAUAUUAAUUUAAAAUAAACAUGUUGUCAAAUACGUAUUCUUGCUAUAUUUUUUUUUUGUUUCCCCCUUUUGCAUUAGCAUGUGCCAUAUUUUCCUUUUUCCAAUUGUUUCAAAAGACCAGAACACCUAAAAUUGUCCUGUAAUUUUCCAUGAGUAGCUGAGGAAACACAAAAAAAAACAUGAUUUUGUGUAGUAGAAAUAUUCCUCUCUCCUCAGGGAGAAGUGGCGACUAACUUGACAACAUUGCUAAUGUGAAAAUGAAAACCUGACACAUUGAUAGCAAAAAUAUCUGUACUUUCCAAGGAAAUAUCACUUUUUCGUUCAGCAAGUUGCUGCCGGAGCUGUCACGCCACCUUCCACGGUCUUCUCAAGCUGCGAGUAACUCCCUCGGUGUGUGUGUCAAAAGCACAGUCAAAAAUCCACUGAGUUUAGUUUCUAAACUGCCUUUUUCAAGUGAAUUUGUAUAUGGUAGGUCAAUGGGAACCCUUUGGUUUCAAUAGCAAGA